AUGGCCGUUCUCGACCACAGCCGAGAAUUAUCUGGGCUUUUCCAAUACCUUUCAGGCGAGAUCCUUAAUCAAAUGAUAUCGGAACUGCCCAAUGUUGAUAUUAAGAAUCUACGCCAAACAUAUAUUGCACAUCCGCGUAUCAACCGCCUAUUUCUUCCAGCCAACUUAAGCGACAUACAGGUGUUCAGAGCAGUUGUAGACUAUGAAAUCUAUCAACAUGAUGUCACAUAA